AGGCUGCGCUGAGCUAUUUACUACCAAGACAAGAGCGAGAAGAGGAAGGAAGCCCGGCGUGGAGGACCCAAGGCUUCGAUUGUGAAACCAAUCCGGAUUUGGUGUCAUUCCUCCAGGAUUGUUUUUUGUUUUGUUUUUUAUUUAUUUUAUUUCUCCCACCUCAGUAGUAGGCUACCUGGAUUUAUUCGACUCUCAACUGGAUUACCACUUUGGAGCGAUCCGAAUUAAAUCAGAACGAUUGCACCUGUUUGUCGAACCCCGCCACCCCGAGUGGUGCACGAGGACUGUGGACAGCACCGAACCGAGCCCGAAGCCCUUCUGAGAAGUUGUGCAUCUUGACGGGGGCAAAUCUGCAAGCAUGCCGCUCGCACAGAUUGCCGAGCCAUGGCCCACCAUGGAACUUGUCCAGCUGGAAACUGAGAAUGGCCAGAGUACUGCCGAAGAUGGAGUCACACCUGCUGUCAAGGACGAUGGCGAAAUCAAAGAAAUCAACAUCACCCAUGUGGUCAAAGAAGGUUCGGAAAAAGCAGACGCAUCUCACUUUGAAUUGCUCAAAGUGUUGGGCCAGGGUUCCUUUGGGAAGGUGUUCCUGGUGCGCAAGGUGACCCCUCCUGAUGACAACCAGCUCUAUGCAAUGAAAGUCCUCAAGAAGGCCACACUCAAAGUGAGAGAUCGUGUGAGGACCAAGAUGGAGAGGAACAUCCUAGCUGAUGUCAACCACCCGUUUAUUGUCAAGCUGCACUACGCUUUCCAGACUGAAGGGAAACUCUACUUGAUCCUGGACUUCCUCCGAGGAGGCGAUCUCUUCACCCGACUGUCUAAAGAGGUGAUGUUCACCGAGGAGGACGUCAAGUUUUAUCUCGCAGAGUUGGCGCUGGGCCUCGACCACCUCCACAGCUUGGGCAUCAUGUACAGAGACCUGAAGCCUGAAAACAUUCUCUUGGACGAGGAAGGUCACAUCAAACUCACAGAUUUCGGUCUGUGCAAAGAAGGCAUUGAGCAGCAUGAGAAGGCUUACUCGUUCUGUGGCACGGUGGAGUACAUGGCACCCGAGGUGGUCAACAGGGUAGGACACACCCACAGCGCCGACUGGUGGUCGUUUGGAGUACUGAUGUUUGAAAUGUUGACCGGGUCGCUGCCAUUUCAUGGGAAAGAUCGCAAAGAAACAAUGAAUAUGAUCCUCAAGGCACGUUUAGGAAUGCCUCAGUUCCUCAGCGCAGAGGCCCAGUCUCUGCUAAGAGCUCUGUUCAAGAGGAACCCCAGCAACAGAUUGGGAUCGGGUCCAGAUGGAGCAGAGGAGCUCAAACGUCACGGAUGGUUUUCCAACAUUGACUGGAAUAAACUAUUCCGCAGAGAAGUGAAACCCCCUUUCAAACCAGCGGUGGCGCGUCCCGAUGACACGUUCUACUUUGAUUCCGAGUUCACUUCCCGCACCCCAAAAGACUCUCCCGGCGUGCCGCCAAGUGCCGGAGCUCACCAGCUGUUUCGAGGUUUCAGCUUCAUCGCGUCAAGUCUGCUGGAGGAAGAAGGUUCAGUGGAACCCGUGAAGCCCCCGCCGCACCCGGUGGUCCAGCAGCUACAUGGGAAGAACUUAUUGUUCAGCGACGGCUACGUCUUGAAAGAGGACAUCGGCAUGGGCUCCUUCUCUGUGUGUAAGCGAUGCGUCCACAAGGCCACCAACACGGAAUACGCCGUCAAGAUGAUUGACAAGACCAGCACAGACCCUUCCGAAGAGAUCGAGAUCCUGCUUCGAUACGGACAGCACCCCAAUAUCAUAACGCUGAAGGAUGUGUACGAUACCGGCAAGCAGGUGUUCUUGGUGACGGAGCUGAUGCGCGGAGGAGAACUGCUCGAUCGGAUCCUCAAGCAAAAGUCCUUCUCGGAGAGGGAGGCCAGCGCCGUGCUGCACACCAUCACCAAGACUGUGGAGUACCUGCACUCGCAGGGGGUGGUGCACAGAGACCUGAAGCCCAGCAACAUCCUCUACGUGGACGAGUCGGGGAACCCGGAGUCCAUUCGGAUCUGCGACUUUGGCUUCGCCAAACAGCUGCGCGCCAACAACGGCCUACUCAUGACCCCGUGCUACACCGCCAACUUUGUGGCUCCUGAGGUGUUGAAGCGUCAAGGUUAUGAUGAAGGCUGUGAUAUUUGGAGUUUGGGAGUACUACUGUACACCAUGCUGGCCGGUUUUACUCCAUUCGCUAAUGGACCUGAGGACACUCCCAAUGAGAUCCUGAACAGGAUAGGCAACGGUCAUUUUAGUUUGUCUGGAGGCAACUGGGACACUGUGUCAGACGCCGCUAAGGACCUGGUGUCCAAGAUGCUCCACGUGGACCCACAUCAGCGACUGAUCGCCAAGCAGGUCCUCAGGCACCCUUGGAUCAUCCAGAGAGAAAAACUCCCCAACAGCCAGCUCCCACUCCAGGACCCGAAAUUGGUCAAGGGCGCCAUGGCGGCCACGUACUCGGCCCUGAAGAACUCGCAGCCCACCCCCGAGCUCAAACCCAUCGAGAGCUCCUUCUUGGCCCAGCGGCGCGUCAAGAAGCUUCCGUCCACCUCCCUGUAGACACAUUGUCUCGAGAGAGAAAAAAAAGCCACCCGACCAACCAACCAGCUCGCUCGGGAGGGCGCUACCAGCCAAGGAACCCUGACUGUGACCCUGAACCCCCCUCCUUCUGAAAGAACCCAUCUUGUUGUGUUCACUUUUGUAGUGGGGCUAGCCAAAGAUGUACGGGGAGGGGAGGGGAGGGUGAUUGUUUGUAAUCUGUGUGCGCGCACUUGUGUUCCUGCACGACCACCAUGCCACACAAAGCCCGCUCAGCCAUCACUGGACGUCGUCACUUUGCUGCACGUUUAUUUGUCUGCCAGUUUUUGUCCGUCUGUACGUGUAUGCAUGUGUGUGCGCGUGCGUAAAGAUAAGCUUUACAUUAGCGGCUUUGCGCCGCUAAAUCCGUUUGUGCCGGCAGCACGGCGGCCGCAGUAGUGUCCAAAAUGCUGUUCAACAGUCAACGUCGGGGAGGGUUAGUCAUGUGAAUAAAAGAAACAAAACAUAUGAAAAUAUAUAUUUCUGCCAUUAAAUGCCUCUUUUGGCUUUGGGACAGCCAGAAACAUGGGGAUUGUUGGGAAUUUUUUUGUUCACGUCAAUCUUGUUUCUUUUAUAGUGUCAGUUGCAUGACGUGCAGUGUGUGAUGUUUCUUUCUAUGUUUUAUUGGACAACACAUCUUCUGGUGGCUUUCUGUGAAAGAGACUCGGCAUGUUCAAACAUUGGCUUUUUGUCCCCCCCCCCCCCCCCCCUCCAUUACAUUUUCAAUGCUGUUUCCUGUGCUUGGCUGCUUUUGGUGUUAAUUUUCGUCCGAGGAAAGCGUCGCUUGAAAAUAGUGCAAGACAAACUUGAGCACGUUGCUUACGUACGUGUUUAAAAAAAAAUAAUAAUAAUAAAUAAAAGGUCUCGUAAUGUAUUGACAAGGAGGCCGGGCAGACUGUUCUCUCCAUUGAAUCAAGCCAGUUUUAUUUUACACGGGGUCAUAAAAAAAUGGAGAUAUUUGACUUUCAGGUGAAAUUUUCAGGGUGAACCUGAAAAUGGGUUUUAGGAAAAUUAGGUUGUCAUGAAUUGAUCGAUACUUUUCACCUGAAAGCCGAAGACCUCGAACUUUUGGGGGAUUCGAUUAUGUGUCAAGUUACUGCCUGUGAGAUUGCAUACACUUUUCCACUUAUGAUUUCCAAAUGACGUGUUAGCUUCCCAGGGUAGGUCCUGCUUUCAGCUUGGUGCCUAAAGGCCUACUUGAUGAGGAAGGUGUCGAAAUGUCUUGCAUAAAAGAAGGGAAGAGCUGCGAGGCUGUGAAAUUGUCCAACCGGCUGUCUUACCUCAUAAGGGAUCAUCAAGUUCUAUCAUUCUUUUGUUUGUUGUGAUUGAGGGGAAAAAACAUUGUUCCUUUGACUAAACGUGGUGUGUCUUAUUAUAUGAUGAAGAUGAAGAUUUUUAUAUCUUACAAAAUAUUAAAGAUUCUGUUGCUACAGUAAA